AUGGCUCAACGAAAAGUGCAGCAAAAAGUCAAGGAAACUAUGCUGGGAGCCGAACGGCUCAAUGUUAACAAAAGUUCCGUUCGGGAGAGUUUCCGCUACCGGGAAGCUUCUAGUCGGAGUAGGCUAGAUCCACCGCCGGGGACUAUGCUGAGUAUAACACAGCUAAUAAAAUCAGCAAACGAGAAAGGAUUAAAAAGGAAAAUGUACUCUCCGGGAAAAUAUGUGCGUGCCCCACCAGCCAGUUCCGAAAGCGAUACGGAUAAUGUGAUGGAAUUCAGUGAUCUGAACGGACUGUACGUACGCCCUCGUCCCGACCGACAUGCAUCUUGUGAGGAAGAGGUGGCCGGUGAAUCCGAUGAGUUUGCGCAUUACUCAUGUGUAGCGCCGGAUCCUGAGCUCGAACUGCGAGAACGAGUCAAAGAACUUGAAAACGCCAUCAAGGAACUGUCUAAGGACCGUGACGGCCAUCAUGCGAUUCUAUCCAAGCACCAUAUCGGCCACCAUACGGAAAGCAGUCCGACCAUACCAUACAUCGCACCACUCACGCCAUCCGAGAUCGCAGCUGAAGGGACUAUCCGCUGGGACAAUAUUACUCCUUUUCCGAAAAAUGUUCCGGCCACAAAGAUGUGGGAAGCUUGGACAUGCUUCAUCGAAGACUUCGAAAUAGCUUCAUCAUUGUCGAACGUCAGGAACCCAAAGCGCCGAGUGGAACUUCUUUUGUUGUCAAUGGGUGAGGAAUUGAAAAGCGUUGUCCGAGCUGCGAAGCUUCGUCCCGAUCCAGAAGAAGAAGGGUGCUACGAGAUUUUUGUGAAAAAUAUCGAUAAUUACCUCAAGUCAAUGACUGACCCAGCAGCGGAGCAUGAAAGCUUUUCAAACAUGCGCCAAGAGGAAGUGGCUUGCCGUAACCGUCAUGUCAACGUAGUCAAGGAUGAGGAGCUUCCACGGAACACCGUCGACGAGAGAUCCAGUGAACAGCAAAUAAAUGCUCUCUCGCUCCCAGAUGUGUUGAUCGAUUGUAGAGUUGGUUCGUCUCGUCCGAUAUCAUUCUUGAUCGAUUCAGGAGCUGACGCGAAUGUCUUAGGAGGCACCGACUGGGACAACUUGAAGUCGCAGGUCGACGCUGGGGAUGUUCAGCUUAUUCCGCUCAAGCGACCAAAAUGUAAUCUGCGAGCGUACGCCUCCAGCAAUGCAAUGGUGGUCGAGUUUGCUUUCACAGCAACAAUUGAAGCGAUUGGAUGUUCAAAACCUACUAUCCCCGCCGAUUUCUUCGUUGUCAGGGAUGGAAAGCGAUCUUUGCUUGGAAGAACCACAGCCAGCGAUAUGGAGCUCCUGAAAGUAGGACAAUCGAUUAAUAGUUGUUAUUCGAGCAUUUUUCCGAAAAUGCCUGGAGUUAAGGUGAAGUUUAGUGUUGACGAAUCAAUAAGCCCAGUACGUAAUGCGUACUACAAUAUCCCAGCUGCAUAUCGUGACGGUGCACGACAGAGACUCGAAGAAAUGGAGACUCGAGGGAUAAUUGAAAAAGUUAGCACUGCAACCCAAUGGAUAAGUGGGAUGUCCGCAGUUCCUAAGGGAAAUAAAGAUUUUCGCUUGGUGGUGAAUAUGCGGGCACCUAACAAAGCCAUCAAGCGAGAGUAUUUUCGGAUGCCAUCUAUUGACGAAAUGAGGAUAAAAUUGCAUGGUGCUAAGUUCUUCUCUAAGCUCGAACUUUGCAAUGCCUUCUACCAUCUUGAAUUGAGUGAAGAGUCAAGAGAUCUGACGACGUUCCUAUCAGAAAAUGGGAUGUACCGUUUCACCCGCUUAAUUUUUGGUGUGAACUGUGCGCCGGAAAUAUUCCAGCGAGAAAUGAUGCGCGUUCUCAAAGACAUUAAAAACAAAAUAGUGUACAUAGAUGAUAUAUUACUAUUCGCCGACACCAUCGAAGAGCUUAGAAAGACAGUUGCACGUGUAUUGCAAAUAUUGCGCAUGAAUAACCUCUCAUUGAAUACCGAUAAAUGCGAGUUCGAUAAAACGCAUUUAAAGUUUUUGGGUCAUGAGCUCAAUGAAACCGGAUUCAAUAUCGACGAAAACAAGGUCAAAGAUAUCCAAAAAUUCCGGCAGCCGACUACCGCAUCGGAACUAAGAAGUUUUCUUGGGCUCGCGUCUUUUGUGAGUCCAUAUAUUAAGGAUUUCGCUGAGAUUUCCAGCCCACUGUGGGCAGUAAUUUCAUCAUUAAACUGGACUUCAGGUAUCAGGUUAAUCAAGGAUCGCAUAAUUCAUUCCACAGUAUCCCUUGGCUUCUUCUCGCAAAAUGACAAGACCUUCCUAUAUACAGACGCCUCACCGCGUGCAUUGGGAGCUGUUCUUGUGCAACAGAAUCAAGAUGGCAGUAAUCGAAUUAUUAGUUUCGCUUCGAAGUCGUUAACCCCAACAGAAAAGAAGUACGCGCAAAACCAGCGAGAGGCUUUGAGUGCCGUAUGGGCAGUGGAGCAUUUCUCCUACUUUCUGUUGGGGAGACACUUUGUACUUCGCACAGAUGCACAGGGGAUGGCAUUUAUUUUGAGACGGACUCGCGAGGAAUCGAAAAGGGCCCUGACAAGAGCUGACGGUUGGGCUUUACGCCUGAGCCCAUAUAAUUACGAUAUAGAGUACAUUCGAGGCCAUGAAAACAUUGCGGAUCCUUCGUCGCGUCUUUAUGAAGGAGAAGACGAAGCAUUUAAUGAGGAAGUGAGUCCUUGGGAAAUUUGUCCUUCACCUGCGUUUCUUACUGAGGAAGAAAUACGAGAAUCGACGAAAAAGGACGAUGUUCUUCUCCAGUGGAACAUCAACGGCUUCUGGAAUAACCUUCCCAAUCUGGAGCUGUUAACGCACGACAGCCCGUCGUGGAUCAUUGGCCUGCAGGAGGUCAAUCGGAUCGCACAUAACUCCAUGGAUCACGCUCUCUUGCAGGAAGUUUAA